AGCAGGACAGGCAAUCGAGUCUAAAGGCGCCCAGCCAGCGACGGACACGGACGAGGAAGGUGCAGGUGAUGUCGAGGAGUGUGGGUUUAGGUGGCAGGAUGGCAGUCGCCAAGCUCCUCCUUGCCUUCCUCUUUCUCCACUCUUUCUGUGAAGGCUCCAACCAGCCACCACGUUUCCUGAACUACUUCUUCUCGACCUACCUUCUCAUCUAUGAAGACACACCUAUUGGUUCAUCGGUGGCCCAGCUGAAGGCAGAUGAUCCUGAAGGUGAACCCCUCAUCUAUGGGGUUUCAGGAGAAGAGGCCAUGAAGUAUUUCGCUGUGACCAAAGAAACCGGUGUGGUCUGGCUUCGACAGCAACUCGACCGUGAGACCAAGUCAGAGAUGCAGGUCGAAUUCUACGUGAGUGACAAUCAAGAGGUGGUCAAAGACACAGUUAACAUCCAGAUCGGAGAUGUGAACGAUAACGCCCCAAACUUCCACGGGCAGCCAUACACUGUCAAUAUUCCAGAGGACACACCGGUGGGCAGAUCCAUAUUCAUGGUAAACGCCUCCGAUCCAGACCAAGGCACUGGGGGCAGUGUUCUCUUCUCCUUUCAGCCACCUUCUGCCUUUUUCGCCAUUGAUGGCGCCCGAGGCACUGUCACUGUGACCAGAGCUCUGGACUAUGAGACGACGACAGCCUACCAGCUCACCGUCAACGCUACGGAUCAAGACAAAAUCAGACCUCUGUCCCGGCUUGCCAGCUUGGCUAUCACCAUCACUGAUGUCCAAGACAUGGAUCCCAUUUUCACCAAUCUGCCCUACAGUACCAACAUAGUAGAGGAUGUUCCCCUGGGAUACGAAGUGCGGAAGAUAACAGCCAUUGACCAGGAUCUUGGUCGACCAAGAGGAAUCGGCUACACCAUCAUCACAGGAAACACAAACAGUGUUUUUGCCCUGGACUACAUCAGUGGAUCCCUGACAGUGAAUGGGCAGCUGGACAGAGAAAACCCCCUCUACUCAGCAGGAUUCUCUCUGACUGUCAGGGCCACCGAGCUGAAUGAUGACCGCAGUCCAUCUAGGGCAACGGUGGUGACCACCUUCACCAUCCUGUUAAUUGACAAGAAUGACAACGCCCCGAAGUUCAACAGUUCUGAAUAUCGGGUCCGCAUCACCGAACUGGCACAGGUGGGCUUUGCCCUGCCCCUCUUCAUCCAGGCAGAAGAUAAGGACGAGGGGGUGAACAGCAUGUUCCAAGUGUUUCUGACAGGAAACAAUUCAGAAUACUUCACCAUCUCCCCCACAGCGGUGCAAGGGCGUGCCGACAUCAGGAUGAGGGUUGCCAUGCCGCUGGACUACGAACAGAUUCGCAGCUUCAGUUUUUCACUUUAUGCAAAUGAAUCCAUUUCGGAUCAUGUGGGAUUUGCUCGCGUCUUUAUUGAACUAAUCAAUGAGAAUGAUAACCGCCCCAUCUUCAGCAGACCCCUCUACAACAUCAGCCUCCCUGAAAACACACCACCUGGUACAUCGCUGCUGCGCAUCCUGGCCACAGACGGAGAUGCAGGCACUUUUGGGAUUGUGCGGUACUACUUCACUGAUGAGCCAGACCAGUUUUCAAUUGAUGAAGAGACAGGCUGGGUCGUUCUGCAGGCCAGCCUUGACUAUGAGUUAAUGCGCCGCUUCACGCUGACUGUGCUGGCAAAGGACGGCGGUGGGGAGGAGACCACGGGGAGGGUCCGAGUCAACGUAUUGGACGUCAACGACAACGCGCCACUCUUCCAAAAGGAGGCGUAUGUGGGCUCUCUGCGAGAGAACGAACAGACUGUGCAGUCAGUGGCACGAAUCAGGGCUACAGAUGAAGAUUCUCCUCCCAACAACGUGUUGACAUAUACCAUCAUUUCAGCGUCGGCCUUCCCUGAUUACUUCCGUAUCAUCAUGGUGGAAGGCUACGCAGUGAUCAGUGUCAUCAGACCUCUGGACUAUGAGAUGGUUCCCAAGGGCAUGAUCUAUCUGACAGUGAUGGCCAAAGAUGGGGGAAAUCCAGCCCUCAACAGCACUGUUCCUGUUACGGUGGAGGUGAUUGAUGAAAAUGACAACCCACCCGAGUUCAGCAAGCAGUCCUACAUCAUCAAAAUCCCCGAGAACAUUAUCGCCGGGGCUACUGUGCUGCUUGUGAAUGCUACUGAUUUGGACGCCUCACGGGAGUUUGGCCAGGCCUCACUCAUCUACUCCCUGGAGGGCUCCUCUCAGUUCCGUCUCAACUCACGCUCAGGAGAGAUUACUACCACAGCACUGCUUGACCGUGAACUGAAGUCAGAGUACAUCCUGAUAGUCAGAGCAGUGGAUGGAGGCGUGGGCCCACAGCAGAAGACUGGGAUUGCCACGGUGAACAUCACCAUCCUGGACAUCAACGACAAUGCCCCCAUGUGGCGAGACGAGCCAUAUAAUGCCAACGUAGUUGAGAUGAGUCCUAUCAACACUGAUGUCAUCUCUGUGUUGGCAGUGGACCCUGACAAUUGGGAGAAUGGGACAGUGAUAUACAGUAUCAAUCCAGAAAAUCCUUUCUACACCAUCAACAGCAGUACUGGGAAGAUCCGCACCAGUGGGGUAACACUGGACAGGGAAAGCACAAACCCUAGGGACACGGACCUUAUGAGGACUAUCGUCGUGUCAGCUGUCGACCGUGGUACACCUCCACUGCGUGCAUCAGCAAGCACCACAGUAUUUGUCAACCUGCUGGAUCUCAAUGACAAUGACCCAACCUUCCUUAAUCUGCCAUCUGUGGCUGAAGUACCCGAGGGACUUCCCAUUGGAUCCUCAUUUUUUAGGAUCCAGGUUGAGGACCCUGACGAAGAUAAGAAUGGUUUGAUUACACUAGCAUUACAGAUGGGAAUGCCUCGCCUCGAUUUCUACCUGAACAUCUCCACUGGCGUCCUCACCUCAUCGGCAGUCCUGGAUCGUGAGCGGAUCCAACAGUACCAAUUGAGGAUAAUUGCAUACGAUGCAGGACGGUUCCCUCGUACCUCUACAUCAACCCUCACUGUCAUAGUUCUGGAUGUAAAUGAUGAGACGCCCACCUUCAACCCUCGCGUGUACAAUGUUUCCCUGAAGGAGAGCGUCCCUAGAGACCACACUGUAGCCCGCCUCAGCUGCUUUGACAACGACGCGGGUCUCAACGCUGAACUUAGCUACUUCAUCACAGAUGGUAAUCAGGAUGGUAAAUUCAGCGUGGGUUUCAGAGACGGUAUUGUUCGGACAGUGGUCGGUCUAGACAGAGAGACGCAAGCAGCGUACACUCUGAUCAUAGAAGCUAUAGACAACGGUCCGGCUGGCAGCCGAAGGACAGGCACGGCUACCGUGUUUGUCGAGGUGCAGGACGUUAAUGACAACAGACCCAUCUUCCUCCAAAACAGUUACGAGACCAGCAUACUGGAAAGUGUUCCCCGAGGAACAAGCAUCCUUCAGGUUCAAGCUACAGAUGCAGACCAGGGAGAGAAUGGGAGAGUCCUGUACAGGAUCCUCACUGGGAACAGCAACAAUCUGUUCAGUAUAGAGAGAGACACCGGACUGGUGACAAGAGGCCUCAGGGCUCUGGACAGAGAAACCAGCAGCUCCCAUAUGUUGGAAGUGGAGGCGUACAACAGUGAUGAGGGCAGCAUGAGGAGCUCUGUGAGGGUGAUCAUAUACGUAGACGAUGCCAAUGAUGAGGUGCCGGUGUUUACCCAGCAACAGUACAACCGUCUGGGCCUGAGAGAGACCGCUGGCAUCGGCACCUCUGUGAUUGUGGUGCGUGCCACUGACCGUGAUACUGGUGAUGGUGGAGCCGUCGCCUACGCCCUCAUAUCCGGCUCAGACCGCAAGUUUGAGGUAGACGUAAGCACCGGCCUGGUUACCACUGUGGACUACCUGGACUACGAGACCAAGACCUCCUACCUCAUGAACGUCUCAGCCACCGACCAAGCUCCGCCGUUCCACCGCGGCUUCUGCACCGUUUACGUCACGUUACUUAACGAGCUGGAUGAGGCCGUGGCCUUCUUCUCCGCUGGUUACGAGGCUUCGCUUCGUGAGAACAUCGCCACGGGCACAGAGGUGGUCCAGGUGCAGGCGCAGUCCGCCGACAACUUGAACCAGCUGAAGUACCGCUUCGACCCCGACACGUCACCCGCAGCUCUGGCCCUCUUCAAGAUAGACAGCGUCACGGGCCGCAUCACAGUGACAGGCCUGCUGGACAGAGAAAAGGGUGAUAUGUACACGCUGACUGUUGUCGCUGAUGAUGGAGGACCCAAAAAGGACUCCACUGUGAAGGUGUCCAUCACCAUUCUGGAUGAGAAUGACAACAGUCCAGAGUUUGACAUCACAUCUGAUAUUUCACGCGCCAUCCCAGAAAACACACCCAAGGGUACAAAGGUGGCAGUAGUUCUGGGAAGGGACAGAGAUGCUGGUUUAAAUGGACUGGUCAAUUUCACUCUGGUGGCAGGCAACAUGGAAGAUGUGUUCAUGAUCAAGACAGUGAACAACACUUACGGAGAGGUUUAUGUCAAUGCUCCUCUGGACAGGGAGUCUGUAGACCGCUAUCUACUGAAGGUCCGUGCCACUGACAAUGGCUCACCUCCCAGACACACGGACCACUCUCUCACCAUCAACAUACUGGACGUUAAUGAUAAUGCGCCAGUUGUUGAGAGCCAGAGGGGCUACAACGUCAGCGUGAAUGAGAACGUUGGAGGAGGUACAUCAGUCGUCCGUGUGAUGGCGACAGACCGGGACAUCGGUCCCAAUGCCAUGCUGUUUUACUACCUCACUGCUGGAAACCAGGACCUGACCUUCCGCAUGGACCGAGUGACCGGAGAGAUGGUGACGCGCCCAUCCCCUCCCGAUCGAGAGCGCCAGGCCGAGUACCGACUAACGGUCACCGUGGAAGAUGACGGCACGCCACCUCUGUCGACCUCAACCACCAUCUACGUUCGUAUUGUGGAUGAGAACGAUAACGCCCCGGAGUUCCCCGAAGAGGAGUACGUCACAGUGCUGAGCGAGGGACCGGAGACAGUGGGUGCCACCAUCGCUACGGUAACGGCCAUUGACCCAGAUGAGGGUUUGAACGGCACCUUGCGAUAUGCCAUCGCUUCAGGCAACCUGAUCCAGACUUUUAACAUCAACAGCAUCACGGGGAGAAUUACCGCUGUGAAGGAGCUGGACUUUGAGAUCAGCAACGGACAUUAUGCGCUGGUGGUCACAGCUACGGACCAGUUUACUGAAGGUCAGCCAGGGCCUCGGGUGUGGACGCUCCGAGCCAGGGAUGAAGACUCCGGGCUCAACGGCAAAGUGGAGUACAGCAUCACCGGUGGAGAUUUCCAAAACGAGUUCAUGGUUUCCCCAGUGGAGGGUGAGCUUCGAGUGAGAAAGGAUGUAGAGCUCGACAGAGAGACCACUGCCUUCUACAACAUCACUGUCACAGCCCGAGAUCUGGGAACCCCGUCUCGCAACAGCUCGGUGCUGGUGGGGGUUUAUGUCCUUGAUAUCAAUGAUAACGACCCGGUCCUCCUUAACCUGCCUUACAACACAAGUGUAAGUGAAGGCGCGUCAGUACACACGUCUGUGGCCAGAGUCCGGGCGCAAGAUGCAGACAGCGGACGCAACGCACUGCUCACUUAUAACAUCACUGCUGGCAACCAGGAUGGAGCCUUCUACAUCAAUGACACAACUGGUGUCGUCCAGGUCAACAGACCACUAGACAGAGAGCGAGUAGCGGAAUACACGCUCACCAUCACCGUCAAAGACAACCCCGAGAAUCCCCGCAUCGCUCGUAGGGAUUCAGACUUCUUGGUUAUCACCAUUUUGGAUGAGAAUGACAAUAGGCCUGUGUUUACCAGGAGCAGCUACAGGGCUGAAAUCACAGAAAACUCUGCUGCAGGAACCACUGUAACAGUUUUAAAUGGACCAGUUCUAGCUGAGGAUAAAGACAUUGGACAUAAUGCUGUGGUGAAGUACCGCCUGCUGGGACCCAGGGUGGACCUCCUCACCGUAGAUGCUGAUACUGGUGUGAUACUUGUGCGCCAGGGAGCAAAGUUGGACCGAGAGGCAUUUCAGGAGCCUCGUGUAGAGCUGUUUCUGGUUGCGGAGGACAUAGGAGGUUUAAACAACAGCGUACCUCUCACAGUUACCAUCCUGGAUCAAAAUGACAACCCUCCUGUCUUUAGCCCGUCCAGUUUCAGCGUUCGACUUCCUGAAAACAGCCCGACUGGUGUUGUGGUGACUCAGCUGUCUGCCACCGAUGCUGACUCUGGCUCUAACGGAUGGCUGACGUACCGGUUGGAAAGUGGCGCAGAGGACCGCUUUGUGGUCGAAGCGCUGUCUGGCGCUGUCUUAGUGGGCAACGCCACGCUUGACAGAGAGGAGCGCGGAUCCUACCGUCUUGUCAUCAUAGCAACUGACCGCGGCACACCCCCUUUGUCUGGCACGGCCACCCUGACUGUUAUCCUGGAUGAUGUCAACGACUCACGGCCACGUUUUAUACAGCCUGUAACCGUGAUAAACGUCAAUGAGUCCACUCCACCCGGUGUGGUGGUAGCCACGCUGACUGCCGAGGACCCUGAUCUGCAUCCGCGGCUGGAGUAUUACAUUAUUUCCGUGGAGGCAAAGGAUGAUGGGAACAAGCCAGUGGAUGGGCUCCAGGAGUCCUUUGGGAUUGAUCUACACACAGGCGCGGUAUUCGUACGCAACCCUCUCAACAGAGAGCUGGUAGCUACAUUUGAGAUCAUUGUGUCUGUACAUGACAAUGCCAGCGACGUUAUUGACAGGUCAGGAAGUGUUCCCAAUGCAAGAUUAACCAUCAACGUGUUGGAUGUAAAUGACAAUGCUCCUCGUUUCCGGCCUUUUGGAGUGACUAACUUCACAGAGAAGAUUUUAGAAGGAGCUCAGCCAGGCACAACGCUGUUGUCAGUGUCAGCUGUAGAUCCAGACAAGGGUCCCAAUGGCCAGAUCAUCUACCAACUGCUUCACUUGCCUCGAGGGGGAUACGUUAGACUAGAGGACCCUUCAGUUGGUAAGAUCGUAGCCAACCAGACGGUGGAUUUUGAGCAGGUCCAAUGGCUGAAUUUUACAAUUCGUGCUCAGGACCACGGCACUCCUCCCAAGAUUGCUGAGCUGCCAGUUUAUCUGCGUAUUGUAGAUGUCAACGACAACAACCCUGUCUUUGUACAACCGUCAUAUCAGGAGCCUGUGUUUGAGAAUGUAGACUUAGGCACCACCAUAGUUCGCGUCCAUGCUACAGAUGCUGAUUCUGGCCUCUUUGCAGUGAUUGAGUACAGCCUGGUAGAUGGAGAGGGCAAGUUUGGAAUCAGACCAUCUACUGGAGAGAUCUACAUCCUGUCCCCUCUAGACAGAGAGACAAAAGAUCACUACACUUUAACAGCUGUCGCCCGAGACAAUCCCGGCGACAGUCCAAACAAGAGACGAGAGAACUCUGUCCAGGUCCUGGUGACUGUUCUCGAUAUCAACGACUAUCGGCCGCGCUUCUCAGAGCGAGUGUACAACACCAGUGUGUUUGAGAAUGAGCCCAGUGGUACUUCUGUGAUAACAAUAAAGGCUACUGACCUGGAUGAAGGCGAGAAUGGCGCAGUACUCUACAACAUGUUGGGACCCCAUUCAGAUGCGUUCUCCCUGGAUCCAAACACAGGACUGGUGCGAUCGCGACGUCUGCUUCAGUCGUCGGAACGUUUCAACCUGACUGUGGUGGCUACAGACCAGGGGCGUCCCCCCCUAUGGGGCACAGCGGACCUGAUCAUCAUAGUCAUAGAUGUCAAUGACAACAGACCUGUGUUUGUUAGGCCAGCCAAUGGAACUAUCAUCCAUAUCCUAGAGGAACAACGUCCAGAACUGGUGGUGUAUGAAGUGCAUGCUACAGAUGCUGAUGCGGGGCUCAAUGGAGAAGUGCGCUAUGCCUUCCUGCAGACGGGAGCCGGUAACAGAGACUGGGAAAACUUUCACAUUGAUGCCGUGACUGGAGUCAUUACUACUACUGCAAAGCUUGACCGAGAGAAGCAGGCCUUGCUUAGCCUUAUUAUUGUGGCCCGUGACAUGGGCCAGCCAGUGCCUUAUGAGACCACACAGCCUCUGCAGGUGGCGCUGUCGGACAUCGACGACAAUGAGCCUGUCUUCCUCAAACCGCCUCGUGGUGGCUUGCCUUACCAGAAGCUGACAGUGCCUGAGCACUCCCAUCCAGGAACCAUUGUGGGCAACAUAACCAGAGCUGUGGACGCCGAUGAAGGCUCCAAUGCAAUCGUCUACUACUUUAUUGCAGGAGGAAACAGCGAUGGAAACUUUGGCUUGAGUCUAGAUGGAGAGUUAAAAGUGCUCAAAGAUCUGGACCGAGAGGAGAUCCCAGUCUACUCCAUCAUAAUCAAGGCUUCCAGCAACAAAAGCUGGACUCCCCCCAGGGGUCAGAGGUCAUUACGGGCUAAAGCUCUGGAUCCGGCUCAAGACCCCAGUCUGCUGGAAGUCCGGAUUGAACUGGAAGACAUCAAUGACCAGACACCACGCUUCAUAAAGGCAGAGUACACUGCAGGAGUUGCAGCAAACGCCAAAGUGGGCUCAGAGCUUAUCAAGUUGGUGGCUAUAGAUAAUGAUAUAGGCAACAACAGCGUGGUCCAGUACCACAUUGUUACGAUCCGCUACUUCCACUCACAGAACAACGGCAGUGAGGAUGUUGGCAAUAUGUUCAUCAUCGGUUUGACAGAUGGCAUCAUCCGCACUUACGAUCUCUUCACAGCCUUUAAUCCCGGCUACUUCCAGCUUGAGAUUUUGGCAUGUGAUUUCGCUGGACACAGCACAACAACUAAUGUGAAUAUCUAUAUUCUCCGGGAUGACCAGAGGGUCAAGAUAGUCUUCAAUGAGAUUCCCGAUUUUGUUCGUGCAAACCAGGAAGAUUUCAUCAACCUGCUCUCCAACAUCACCGGUGCUAUUGUCAAUUUAGAUGACAUACAGUUUCAUGUGGACAAGAAGGGCAGAGUGAGCUAUGUUCAGACUGAUAUGCUCAUCCACGUUGUCAACAAUCAGACCAACACCAUCCUAGACGUUGAAAGGGUUAUUCAGAUGAUCGAUGAAAACAAAGAGCAGCUGAGAAACCUGUUCAGAAAAUACAAUGUUGUGGACGUCCAGCCAGCUGUUGGGGACAAACUGCCAGACGACAUCUCUACUCUGCAGCUGGUCAUCAUUAUCUUGGCUGUGCUGCUGUGCUUUGCGGGGAUUUUGUUUGUCACAAUGAAUUGGCAUUAUCGCAGAGUACAUGAGAGGAAGUUGAAAGCAAUUGUCGCAGGAUCAACAGGAAACCAGGGACUAAUGGAUAUCCUGGACAUGCCCAACACUAACAAGUACUCCUUUGAGGGGGCCAAUCCAGUGUGGCUGGACCCAUUCUGUCGCAACCUGGAGCUGGCUGCUCAGGCUGACCAUGAGGAUGACCUGCCUGAGAACCUGAGUGAGAUAACUGACCUGUGGAACAGCCCCGCACGCACUCACGGCACAUUUGGUCGAGAGCCUCAAGCGAAACCUGAGGAUGAUCGUUACUUGAGGGCAGCAAUUCAGGAGUACGACAACAUUGCUAAACUAGGCCAUAUCAUGAGGGAGGGCCCUAUCAAGGGUUCCCUGCUCAAGGUGGUCCUGGACGACUACCUGAGACUGAAAAAGCUCUUUGCAGCACGGCUUGUCACAGCAUCCACAACCGAAGGAGACAUCUCAUCUGUCACUGAGCUGAUCCAGAGCGAUUUGGAUGAUGAGGACGAUGAGCAUCUGAGUAUGGGUGGAGGUCGGGGCACUCUCCGUUUCAAGCACAAGCUUCCUGUGGAGUUGAAAGGGUCUGAGGGUGUGCACGUGGUCCACGGCAGCACAGGCACGCUCCUCACGUCUGACCUCAACAGCCUGCCUGAGGACGACCAGCGGGCCCUGGCACGUUCUCUGGAGGCACUCAAUUCUGAUGGGGUGCUGUACUCUGAGCGCAACGCCCGUACAGAGUCUGCAAAGUCCACCCCGAUGCACCGCCACAAGGAUGGGGACACCCUGUCCGAGAGUCCGCUGGAGAUCACAGAGUUAUGACUAGCCGAGGCCUCGCUGGUCUGAGAGCAAACCACGACUCGUGUGUGUGUGUGUGUCCUUGUGCCUCCACACCGCCACCCUGAUAAGUUUGGGAAGGACUGGAGGAGCAGUGUGUGUAGUCUAGGGAACAUCAUCAUCGAUCGUCAGUGCAUCAUUGAGACAUCCCGAUAAAGGACGAACGCAGCACUGGGUCAGCGUCGGUGGAUGUUGCAUUGGAAACGGUCCCGUGUUGGAUUUUGUCAAGAGAUGGUUUAUUUAAAAAGAAAACAUAUUAAUAAAGGAAAGUGACAAGCUCGACACUUUCCUUCAGCAAGACAGAAAAAAAACCUGGUUUCAUCAACUUUUAUUUGAAGAGCUGAGUGGAAAAGAGGGACUAAGCCUCCCUGUGGGAGAAGCUUGUUGAACCACGACCUUAAAAUCGUCAGAAGGUGCCUCGUUCUCACUAAACUUUUUGAAGGCAUGCCUGGACUGCAGACACUCACACAAACGCACACACACACUCAAAAUAAAUAAAUAGAAUAAAAAUGAUGCUACACACACUCAGACCAGCGGAUGGCCGUCAAUGGGAGACUGAGACAAUAACAAUUCCUUAUCACGCCGAUAUUUUUCCUUAUUGAAAGAUGCCUAUGUCUGUGUUGAAUGAGAUAUUAGAUGUUGUUGUUGGGACUUUAUUGACGAACACUUUAUGGAUACAGGGGAACCUCUGUAUUUUCCCAGUGAUGCUCACGGAGUGGCGUUUUCGCCUCACACAAAGGGAUGAGGAGGCCUGAGCUCUUUUUGAUCAUCUGAAGAGCAGCAGAGAACAUUCAGACUCUAGUCCAGCUCACUUUGUAGAGCAUAACUGUGUUAUGCUUUCACAGUUAAAGCAAGAACCUGCAUAAGAAGACGAAGACUUCUUAAAUGAUGAACAUGGUGGAUGAAGGAUGACUGUUAUCUGGCACUGGGGUUACAGGGAGUAAAUAAUUCUUUGAUAUUAAGGGCAGUUAGAGAAAGCGUUGAUAAAGACUUAUAGAUGGGGAAAACUAUGAAUUAUCCCAUUUUAUAGACAUAAAGAAGGCAUUGUGCCCAGAGACUUUACACUGCCACCUGAGGGAGUAAAAGUCAUGCUCCAAUGAGCAAUGUUUGCUUUAUUUUUUUAUUUUCUAGAAUAUGUGAUGGAAUUAAAAGAUAUUUUUGAAGAAAAAAAAAUAUGCUGGCUUACCAAAAUCGGUAGGGAACAACUUUGGAUGUUUGGAGUAUGUGUAUUUUGUGCUAUGGUGACAUGUCGUUCUGUUUUCCUUUGCAGGACAACUAAUGCUGUUUCUGAUGAGUGGUGUGUUUUAAAAAAAUAAUGAUUUUUUAUAUUCCCAUUUUGUAAGUUUUUAUUUCUUUGUCAUUUUUGUCACCAGCCCUGAGAUCUGUGUUGGGAAAUGUUGUGGGAUGGUCUGUGGUAAUAAAAAGACUUAUGCAAUGGC